GCGUCACAGUGACCGCCUGGCUGCCAGAUCAGGCUGCACUUCACAUUCACUGCAACAGCUCGAUCAGGUGGCUGCUGCUUCGUCUUCAUCCCCGCGGACUGUGCAGUGAUGGUCGAGUGUUGAUGAGGAUUAAAGAGUGGGGUCCAACUGGCUGAUGCUGAACACCUGCACGUGGCGAAGGACGAUUUUCCUUUUCUCGACCUGCAACCAGCAGCACCUUCACUCCACCUGUCAAGCGCGAGAAAGCGAACGAUGAGCUCUUCUCUGCCCAAAAGCGAGUCCACUACUUCUCUGCUGAGAUCAUCGGGGCUCAACCGCAGGUCUGCGCACUCGAGUAGCGGUCCACACAAUCACCGGAGCCUCCGCGCUCACCAUCAUUCCACCGGAGCUGGAGGCAGCGAUGAUGCAGGCUGGACGGAGGACUGCGAGACGAGUGCGCGGAGACCUCUCUGUCAACCAAGACAUGCCGACCCUCGAAAUGUAGGUGAUCAUCGGAUGCAGAAGAGCCACUCUCACCGGCAGCCGAGCCUCCAGGAUGAUAGUUACGCUCAGGAGGAUGUGAGACACGGGACGAGUCGGCAUCAGAAAGAGCGCAGCAAGUCCACCAGGUCCAAACACUCCCAUCAUCAUCACCACGACUCCUCCGGAGGUGAGCUGCCUCCUGCAGCGCAUCACCAGGGCGGCUCCAUGCAAGACAGGAGGACCUCUCCAACUCCAUCUUAUCCAAAACAACCGGACGAUGCGGCUUUCUUCUUCGAGCCCAGGGAGAGAGUCAUCACCGGGUCAUCCUCCAGCCUCAGCUCUGACCCACCUGCGAUCAGCGCAUCUGUCAAGCCCCCAUCCAGCCGAACAUCCAAAAGACUGAGCGUAACUGAGUAUGACUCUAGUCUUCAUCCGAUUGUGAAGUCAGUCUUUGGGCAGGACCAGAAGAAGAACUACAAAGCAGUGCAGUGUGAGGAGGGGGGCUCUGGGGGGGCCUAUCUUGAGCCACUAGUGGCCCUGGCCCAGAACGGAGCCACCAUGCACAACGUACUGGGGCCUGCAUGCAUCUUUCUACGCAAGGGCUUCGCUGAGAACCGGCAGGCUGACCGAGAGCUGAGGCCCGAAGAAAUGGAUGAGUUGCGUGAGGCAUUCAAGGAGUUUGACAAAGACAAAGAUGGGUUCAUUGGCUGUAAAGACCUGGGGAACUGCAUGAGAACAAUGGGCUACAUGCCAACAGAGAUGGAGCUAAUAGAACUGAGCCAGCAGAUCAACAUGAAUUUGGGAGGACAUGUUGACUUUGAGGACUUUGUUGAGCUCAUGGGGCCCAAACUUCUGGCUGAAACUGCAGACAUGAUUGGGGUGAAAGAACUGAGGGAUGCAUUCAAGGAGUUUGACACUAAUGGUGACGGCCAGAUCAGCACAGCAGAACUUAGAGAAGCAAUGAAAAAACUUUUAGGACAACAGGUAGGACACAGAGACCUGGAGGACAUCCUACGAGACAUUGACCUUAACGGAGAUGGACACGUAGACUUUGAAGAGUUUGUGCGGAUGAUGUCUCGAUGAGUUCCCGACAGAGAGUCGACAUGUUAAAACAUGGCAUGGAUUCUCUGUUGGUAUGGGAGGAAAAGGAGAGAGACCAGCACAGAGUCCCGAUGGAGCUUGAAUUUCUGGACUGUCAAUGAACAAAAAAAGAAACAUAUCAACCCUGCCCUGAAACUGCCAUGUUGAAGCACAAAGGCUGAGGACUACAGCCAGGAGCAACACUGUUGAUUUACUAUAUGCUGCUGCUGUUUCUUAGAACAUAAACAAAACCAACAGCUGCAUUUCUGACUAUUACAAAGUAUAUUUUAAAAAAGCACAUUUUCCUUUAGUGAUAACAACAUUAAUGGGUAAUGGGAUGUUUGA